CAUCCGCGAACCCCCUCAUUCUUUCACAUUCUCUCUCUUCUCUUCCUCCUCCUUCUUUCCUUUUCUUUAUAAACAUUUUGUUUCCAAUCAGCUGGUUGAGAUUUCUAGGUGCUUUCCCGUCUUUCAAAAUUGACAAGUUUGUUCUAACACAGGGCUCUCUUUCUCUCUCUCUCUCUCUGAGGAAGAUUUUUGGUGUUCCUCGAGUGAAUCUCUGUUUACUAAUUUUGGUUUCUGAAACAUUUUAUUAUGUGCCCUGUGAAUUAGAAAUCGUGCAUUUUCGUGGUUUUUACGUACUAUUUUCUUGGGUUUUGCUUCUUUUCCCGACUGAGGUCGCGUGGUUGAAGUGUUGCGGGAAUUACGGCUUGGAAAUCCGAGGUUUGGUUUGGUUCUCUGCAAAGGCGUUUUGGGUUCUGCGGAAUCGGUGAAGGUUGCAGUGUCAAGUGUUGUUUUGGGAACUAGGGUUUGAAAUGUGCUUUCUGCGGCUCAAUCUUUUGGAAAAAUUCUGAAGAACAGGUAUUUUUCUUUUUCGGAUCGGGUGGCUGGAAUGCCGAUCAAUUCAAGAAUUUGUGAACUUCAGGAACGCUUUUGGUAUUUUCUAAACUUUUGUCUUGGAGAGAAUCAGGAUGGUUGUUGAUGGAAGUCAAGCUUUUUCAACCAGUCGGAUGGUCGAAGUACUUAAGGGAGGAGGACAGCUUUCUUCAUUUCGGCAGCUUCUGUAAGAAUUGUUAGUUUUCGAUGUUUCUGGAAAACCAGUGAUGGAAUAUUGUGGGCAGCUGCGCUAGCUUGAGGUAGAGGCAUAGUUGUAGACUGGUGUUUAUAGCUAUUAUUGGGCGGAAAGCAUUCAAGUUAUCAAAUAUCUUUUGGUGACAAAUUCGUGGUUACCGGAAGUUUUCUGGGGUAGGUUCUAGAUUGGAGAGCUCCAAACUUAGUAACUAGUUCUUUCUAAACUGAGUCGAGAGGGCCUGUAAAGAUCGACAGGGUUGGAUAUCCUUUGAAUUAAGGAUCAGUUGUCUUUAAGAAUUUAGGCCUACAGCAUUUCAUUAUUUUGAGCAUGAGGAGCGAAAACUUUGAUUUUGGGGAUGCUUAGAUGUUUCGAUUGUUGGGACGGAAUUUCCAAAGUUUGGUGAUAUCUAAAGGACGGGAUCUUCGUUCGUCUUUGCUGCAAUUGAUGAAUGGGAGGUGAAAAGCGAAGUUCAAAAGGAGGUCCUGGUGGCUUCAGGUCAAAAUGGAAGAAACUGUUCUCCGGCAAGUCGACAUCGGCAGGAGAACCCAAUCAGGAUGGGCUGGAUGAAGAGAAAUUAGAGUUUGAAAGCCAUAUGAUGGAGGAUGAGAAGAGAAGUGAAUGCAGUUGUGUUUCAUCAUUGUCAAUGGAUGAUGAAGGGGCUGGUGUCAAGGCUCCCAAUGUGGUCGCCCGACUUAUGGGUUUGGAAUCCUUGCCUUCUGCGGAUCUGACAGAGUCUAUUUCAACACCUUUUUAUUCAUCUAUGCCUACUCGUGGUCCAAAGAAGAGCUUGCAGUUUGGACCACAGUACCUUAACUUCCACUCUGGCAGGCAACCUACGAUGGAGACUUUGUCUGCUAAAAUGGUAGAAUCAAGUCCACAAAAGUUGCAGAAAAUGGCAAAAAUAGAGAGGUUUCAAACUGAGACAUUACCAAUGAAGCCAGUUAAAUCUUAUUCAGACAUCCAACAUAAACUCUUAUCACCUAUAAAGAGUUCUGGAUUUGUUUCAGCCAAGAGUGCAGCUCAUUUGAUGGAGACAGCUGUUAAGAUCCUUGAGCCAAGAUUACAUCCACCUGCUAAGAACAAAUCCUCAAUAAUUGGUUCUUCAUCAAUUUCUUUGAACGAUAGAGGUCAGGUGGAGGAUAGAGUAUCAAGCUAUAGAAUUUGUAAGCCCAUUGAGAUACCAAAGAAACUUAGUGAGUCCAAUUCUGUCAAGUAUCUGAAAGGACAAGCAAUGAACAAGAGUUGGAAUGGACCUGAAGAUGGCCCUAGUUCAAGGGUAUCCUCUGAAAGAAGGUUGCUGAAGGAUUUAUCUUCCUCCUUAUUGGGUCAAAGCACUGUUGAAAGCAACCAAAAGCUGCCUUUCUCUUCUGUUAAAAAAGAAAGGCAAGUAGUACUACCUCAAGAUUUCCCAAAUGCGGCAGAUAAUAAACCUGCUGGUGCUAGGGGUCAAGGGAAGUCUGUCUCACUUGCCCUUCAAGCAAAAGUUAAUGUGCAGAAGAGAGAAAAUUGUUCAUCUACCACGCCUAGUUGGUUGGUACAGGAUGAACGGGAUGAUCCAGCAUCGAGCCGACAGCGCAAGAACCAGUUAAAUAUCCAAAAGAAUAAGCAGAAGCAAGCUACUUCUGGAGCUACCAAUGUGCUCCGUCAGAACAACCAGAAGCAGAACAGGUUGCCCAAACCUGGAGACCAACCUGCUAGAAAGGAUGUCAUUGGGAAUAUUUCUUCCAGGCAAAAGCUUGCAAACCCUGAAGGAGUGAGAAAUUGCACCAUUUCUAGUAGGACGAAUUCCAGCAGCCAGACAAGGAAAGCAGGUUCUUUCCGAGCAUCAGAGAAAAGCAUGGAUAGAAGAGAUGCUGAAAAAGGUUCCUGCCCAAAAGGAAGUAAUGACUUCCCUCGAAAGAAAAGGUUAAUAGAAGGGAGCUUUAACUCUGAAAAAAAUGGGCUUGUGGAAACUGCAUUUGUUAAUGGAGAUAAAACUAACCAAGAUGCUGAUGUAACUACUAAUAGCUUCUUAAAUCAGGUAGAAUUCAAAAGGCAAAGCCUUCAGACUGUCGAACAGGCUGUUUCAAGUAACAAUAAGGGUACAGAAUCUACAGAUGUUGUUUCGUUUACAUUCACUUCACCCUUGGCAGCCAUCUCCAGAUAUCGUCCUUCAAAUCAGGCAUUAGAUAGACAAGAUAAAAAGAAGAGUUGCUUCAGAGAUUCUUAUGGUGGGAAAAGCGAUUCAAGCACAAAAAGUUCAAUGUCAUUGGAGGGAGAUGCUUUGAGCGUUCUUUUGGAGAGAAAGUUAAGGGAACUGACUUCUGGUAUUCAAAAUGCUGAUGGUCUCAAAACUGCCAAUUCAGGGAGUGCAAAUACCCUAUCCAUACUCCAAGAUUUUCUGUCUACUCUUAAUUCUGGGGGGCCCAUAUUGAAGGAACGUGAUGCUGAGAGCUCAUCUGUGCCUCAGGAAACUAGUCUAAAUCAUGUCUACAUUGCAAGAGCUGACGGAUCAUCUUCAAGCAGUCAGGCAGUCAACAAAGAUCUCAGAUUUCAGGUAAAGGAAAUGGAAGAACAACGUUUUGGAACUCAAAGAGAGCACUUGUCGAAAGUGGAUCCAGCAGAUGAGAAAGAGCAUCUUAGCCCUGUUUCCAUUCUUGAGGCUGCAUAUUCAAAUGACAGUUGCAGCUCUUUUGAUAGUUCAGAUGCUGUUUAUGGUGUCCCACUUGAUCAUUCAUGCCAAGCUUCUAAAGAUCCAUUAAUGGGAGCUCACAAGGAACUCCUGGAUUCUGCUAGCUCUGUGUGCACUGCAGCAAGGGAAAAGCCUGGCUUUUCAGGAGUCCAAUUACAGCGAUCGGAUGCUUGUUCCAAUGAACAAGAAUUGGAAUAUGUGAGGGAUAUUAUAUCAAAUACUAGGUUAAUUUUUGAGGAGAUUGCAGUUAGUACACCAAAUGAGAUAGUUGAUCCUAUUCUCUUCAACAAAUUAGAGAGCAACUGCUCCACUUCUGGAAGUGCUGAGAAUCAAAAGCAAAUGAAUGCUGAGAAGAAGCUGUGGUUUGAUUGUGUGACUGAAUGUAUUAAUUCAAAAUAUAGCCAGUACAGCAAAGGGGAUUGUAGAAACUGGACUAGAGGAGCUGCUGUCAUUGGAAGGACUGGACUCACUGAGGAUAUUUUCAAGGAGAUGUUGGGUUGGAGAAGCAUGGGAGAAUUGAAGGUGGAUGAAAUAUUGGACAAGGAUAUGAGUACUGGACCGGGAACAUGGAUAGAUUUCCAGAAUGAAGAAUUUGAAGCAGGAAGGGAGAUUGAAGAGGAUAUAUUUGAUUCCUUGAUUGAAGAGGUAGUGAUUUACACAUUUGGCUUGGAAAUUUAGAUUGAUGUCUGUCUGUCUCUGCACAACAGUGCCCACCCUCACUCUAAGCUCUGCUUCCUGUACCUGGCAGUUGUACUUAGGCCACACUCUCCCCUGCUCCAAGCUACUUUCUGUGCCUGGCAUAGGCCACAGCUUUCCAAUUUUGUUUUCCUACUCUAAGGGUAAAGGGGCAGAGAGCUGGAUGAAUCACAUUCUCUACCCCCUGACUACAAGUUUGAAUUGUAACUGGAGUUGCAGGGAAACUCUAUUUGGCGCGAGAGUUUUGCCAGGUCUUCAGCCUAUGUUAAAUCAGUCAUCAGCUAAGUCUCCCCAGUGUUGCUAAUUCCCCGAAGAAAACUCGGCACAGAGACUUGAGAAACUGAACUCUGUUCUUCUUUGCAUAUUGUUGCCUUCGAAAGAAUGGGGAAGUUUGAUUACAGAGAUAAUGCCGGAUGUUUGAUUACAACCCACCUUGGCCAUUUCUCAAGUUUGCUAACAAGUCUGAGGUCUUAGGAGAAAAGGAGAAACAAAGGUCUGGUCUGCGACAUUUCUGAUGCUUGCAUGGCAUGUUCCAGAAAGGAAGUGUGAUGAUCUCCUUUUGACAUACACAGAUUAUAUCUCCUUUUGACAUACACAGAUUAUAUGUCUCUGUCUUGCCUGUAUGAGCUUAUAUGAACCGAAUGGUGAUCAAGUGAACCUUGUUCAUUCUCAUCACAUCUCAUAUCAUCCAUAUGUCCGAUAUCUGAUUUAAGAAGGGAAUUUAUUGUAUCAUUUCUAUUUCAA